AGCAGGUAUAUUCCAUCUUCAGUUCCCCGUUUCCAAGAACACUCUCGUUGCCUUAUCGCUUUCCGUCUCUAAUCUUAUCCUUGCUCCAGUUCUUCUUCGCUCCCCUUUCGCAUUGUCCUCUUCAUUCUAUUCUUCUCGCAUGAUCGCAUCGUGGGGUCGUCCCCUGAUGUUCCCGGACCGUUCUCCGAAGCAGAAAUCCCAGAAGAAAACAGGUGGGUAUCCAUGAGUGGACAUUCAUUUGCCCCUUACAAACAGUUCCGUCCGGUGUCGAAUUUCCGAUUUUUCGAAGGAUCGGAAUCCCCUGUCGGAUGCUUCUUUUGGGUUCUUCUGAUUUGGGUCUCAGAGUAUUGUGCAUGGAAGUAGCUAAGGAAGAACCAAGAACAUCUUAUUUGCAUUUUAGUACAUGAAGCUACGGUGUGCUGUGCGCGUAACCACCAUAAAGAAAGUUUUUUUUUUUUUCUUUAUUCUGCUACGAAACCCAUCUGGCUACCUUUGAGAAAAUUCUAGUCGAAGUGGCUAUGCAUUUGAUCCUUCUCUAAAAGCAGCUUAAUCCGCCUACCGUGCAUUAUAGAUUCUCUGAGUAAUGCGUUGUUGGGAGUGGGUUAGCGAUUGAUUAACCAUCUCGUGGUUACUAGUUGCUCUGUUGCUGGAAUUUCAGCAGGCUGGACUUUAUAUGUGGGAAUGGAACAACCGAGUUUGUUUGCGCUCUGUCAGAUUAUAAGUCGCGUAUGAUAGUAUUCUACUACAAGCAUUUCAUUUUUCUCAUCACGAGAUGUCUGAGAACAUAGCUGGAUGAAAUUGGGCAGUAGUCGAGAGUAAAUUGAAUUGUUCACAAACAGUUUGCGUUGUAAAAAUCCAUGCAUUUCCUACAUAAGACAUUCAUGGUGUGCUUGAAGUUUGAGAUGAUGAAGACUUGAUCAUAGUUUGUAGCUAAAGGAUAUAGAACAUGGAAGUCGCUUCCUCCUGUAGGAUAAUGCACUAUCCCAUUUUCGUUUGAAUUUCCAAUCUUUACGAAAUAUGAAUCAGUUUUUGUUAAUUUACAGUCAUCGGGAGCUUUUGUUCUGUUUAGGCUUUGGGAUUUGUUUACUAAUUCCACUAGCGGUAGCUCUUGUUGCCUACUUAUAGAGUUGGUGCGUGAAAGUAAUGGAUCGGCUUGAUGGUGCUGCACGCCUCUUGAUAGUAUCGGAUCUUGACUUUACCAUGGUUGAUCAUCUUGAUCCAGAGAACCUCUCUCUUCUUAGGUUUAAUGCUCUGUGGGAAGCUUUCUACCGUGAUAAUUCUCUGCUAGUCUUCUCCACUGGAAGGUCACCAACAAGUUACAAGCAGUUGAAAAUCAAGAAGCCUUUACUGACUCCUGAUGUCACGAUCAUGUCUGUGGGAACUGAAAUCAUGUAUGGCGAGUCAAUGGUACCGGAUGCUGAGUGGGAGAGUUAUCUGAAUCAGAAAUGGAACCGUGAUGUAGUCACAGGAGAAACAGCAAAGUUUCCUGAACUUACUCCUCAGCCAGAAAUAGACCAACGGCCUCACAAGGUCAGCUUUUAUGUGGAGAAGGACAAAGCCAUGAAAGUUAUGAAAGAUCUUGCAGAAUGUCUAGAGAAAUAUGGGCUAGAUGUGAAAAUAGUUUACAGCAGUGGAAUUGCUUUAGAUGUAUUGCCUCAGCGUGCUGGAAAGGGACAGGCACUUGCUUAUUUGCUUAAGAAGUUCGAAGCUAAGGGACGUGUCCCUUCCAAUACUCUUGUUUGUGGUGACUCUGGAAAUGAUGCUGAGCUAUUCACUGUCCCUGCAGUACAUGGUGUGAUGGUCAGCAAUGCACAGGAGGAAUUAUUAGAGUGGUGCUCAGAAAAUGCAAGGAAUAGCCAUCAAAUUACUCAUGCAACUGAGAGAUGUGCUGCUGGAAUCAUCCAAGCGAUUGGGACUUUUAGUCUCGGUCCAAAUGUUUCUCCAAGGGACAUACAGGACUUUCUGAAAUGCACAGAUGAAAUAUGCAAUCCUGGUCAUGAAGUAGUGAAAUUUUAUCUGUACUAUGAGAGAUGGCGACGUGGUGAAGUUGAGAGGUCCGACCAUUUUAUUAAUAAUUUAAGAUUACUCUUUAAUUCACUGGGUACUUUUGUGCAUCCUUCUGGAAUAGAGAUUCCUUUCUCCCAGUGCAUAGAUGUGUUGGCCAACUCAUAUGGAGAUCAGCUGGGAAAGCAGUUUCGAGUAUGGGUUGAUAGAGUUUCUGUAGCUCAAAUAUGUUCAGACACAUGGCUGGUGAAAUUUGAUAAGUGUGAAUUAUGUGGACCUAUGUAGUGCCUGGGAAGCAUAAAAGCCAAGAGGCUAACUAGGGGUAGAAAUUGCUUGAUUGGAGCUUGGCUACACUGAACUCGAAUUCUAACCUUGUGUUGUCUCUCUAGAUCACCUGACAUUGAUACUUCAUCCACAAUUGGAAGCACUCCCUCAGUUUUGAGUAGUGUUUGAUUACCUGAAAUAUGCUUGGCAUAACCUUGAAGUCUAUGGUUUACCUAAAAUAGAGCAUUUAAUACAUGUCAUUUUGUCACCUAAGCACACUGUCAGUUGGAAAUUGAGCUUGUGUCUUAGCUUCAUUUUAGUAUGCAAAACGGUGAAUAGGUGUAUUUCAAGUAGGCUUGAUCUCGGUUUACAGCGGGAAAAGAAUUGCAGCUUCAUUCAACCUGACUGAUCAUGUACUGGCGAAGCUUUUUAAACCAAGUUGACCGCUAAAAGGCUGACGGUGUAGACACUCACCAUAAUAUUGACUUCUAGGCUUGGUAAGACAGCUUUGGAAUGUAAUUUUCUUGAAGGUCAUAGAAGAAAUCAAUUCUAGACACUAAUACAAUUAGAUAUGCACUCAUAGAAAAACUUGGGAUUCGCGAUCCCAGGUAAGAU